AUGAAUUUCUCAGUUUUUCGGUGUAUUCAGGGACUCGUACUUGUCUUGGCGGUAAAAGUAUCGGGAACAUGCCGGAAAGAACUUUUUGCCCAACGUCUAGGGAGGGAACCAGACGCAUGGAGGAUUCUCCGAAACUUCACGCAUCAAUUCUUUUUGGCGUAUUAUUCAAAGAUUUCUGAACUAGGAUCCGAACAACGGUGCUUGCAUACGAUUAGACGUUAUGAGAAGCCUAUGAUCCCAUGGAUGACCAUUUUAGUUUAUGGCCACACCUUGGACAACAUAACUUUACUGAGUGGCACAGUGAAUGUUGGCGUAACUAAAACGAAUCUCUCGUUUGUUUUUGAUGAUGCUUUUAAGACAACAUACAAAGAAAAAGUAAAAGAGGGGGAAUACGAAGACAGAUUCGACAUAAGCGAAAUAAUUUACACAAAUUUUGACACCUGUAUGGUUCUCUUCUCAGAGUUACUUGGAUAUCAAGUGUGGGUUACGGGAAAGAACCCCACCGGAAACAGCGGUCUACCGUACCUUUGCACGUUUAUAUACGAAGCCUGCGCUGGACGAAAAAAACAAUGGGCUUACGAUUGGACUAUAUGCCCUAAAAUUAAAAAUGCUGAGCAACUGACAAAGCCACCAAGAUGA